AUGGGGAAACCCCGCAUGAUCAUAUUGAUCCGCCAUGCCCAGUCAGAGGGAAACAAGAAUCGCGACAUCCACCAGUUCAUUCCCGACCAUAGAGUGAAACUGACCCAGCAUGGCUGGACUCAGGCAGAAGAGGCAGGACGACAGCUACGGUCUCUGCUCAAGCCCGACGACACCCUCCAGUUCUUCACUUCACCCUACCGUCGCACGCGCGAGACGACCGAAGGCAUACUCCGUACUCUGACCUCCGACGACCCAACACCAUCGCCCUUUCCCCGCAACAAGAUAACCGUCUUCGAAGAGCCCCGGAUACGCGAACAGGACUUUGGGAACUUCCAGCCAUGUUCAGCCGAGAUGGAGCGCAUGUGGCAGGAGAGGGCCGACUAUGGGCACUUCUUCUACCGUAUACCUGAUGGCGAGAGUGCGGCUGACGCAUACGACCGAGUCAGUGGCUUCAAUGAGAGCUUGUGGAGAUCGUUCCAGGACGACAACUUUCCCAGUGUUUGCGUCUUGGUCACACACGGGCUGAUGUCGCGUGUCUUCCUUAUGAAAUGGUACCACUGGUCGGUCGAGUACUUCGAAGAUCUCCGUAACGUCAACCACUGCGAAUUCAUAAUUAUGAAGCGAAGCGAGAACAACGGCCGCUAUAUCCUCCAAAACGAGUUACGAACAUGGUCGGAACUCAAGCGCCGUGCUGCGAAGGAGAAGGAAGAGACAAAAAGCGCCACCUCAUCGACGCCGAGCAGGGCCACACCUUUGACUGGCCUGGGCCAAGGAGGCAUCACCGCAUCCCCCACCAUACCCACGCGCCGAUGGGGAGGAUGCGUCAACGGAUGUGACCAUGACAAGAUCAACUACCCCCGUCGACCGAUGCGCAAGAACACUAUGGAGUACAUGGGACAAUCGCAACAGCUGCCCCCACCGGCAGUCUCACACAUGGAGCCUGUAGAAAGCGAACAGGAGGACCACCCAGUUGCAGCGCAGCAGACCGAACACGCUCCCAUUAUCAACGAGCCGUCGCCGGCAAAGCUUUCGCGAAAGCAGAGUACUAAGGGUGCCACCAUGCCGGAAAUGCCUCCAACGCCAGCAUCUCCAAACGAUGCGUCCAACGACGCUACAAGCAGUGACGAAGGGGAAGCAACAUCGUCCAUGUCACGCUCAGGCAGCCAUGCGCAGCCGAGAACUGCAGCUGUCCUCCGCCAUCUACAACCUCACAAAACACCAGGCGAGGGCUUCUCUGAUGACUCUGACUACUUCCCGGGUAUGCAACAAAUACAACACCGCAAGUUCCUCCGAGCAAGCUCUACGCAGCGCAGACAGUCCAAAGAACGCAAACUACAGCGCAAACAGACAGAGCAGAGUUGGAAAGAAGAAUCUGGCAUGGGUAACGGCGUCAGGACUGAUAGACUGGGCGACGGCGAUGCCACCAGCGAUGACACCGCGUUCGCGAAGGAGAAGGAAGGAGAACCAAUCCUCACGGAAGCGUUGAAAGGCAACAUGAUCGUUGAGAAUAGUGAGGAGGAUAGGGAAGCCGGGGAGGAAGAGAAGAAGAUUGGCGAGACGGAAAUUGACAAGAUGCAAGACGCCGAGAGAAAGGGCUUUGGUGAGAUACUGAACGUCUCAAACGAUUUACGGUACAAGAUCGAAUCGAGCCGGUCUCGUAGAUCUUUCACAUCAAUCGAAUGUCUUCGGUUUGGUUGGAUCGCUUUCCUUGAUUCUGAACUCCGGAACUACAUAUACGAGUAUGCAGCUGAGCAGAGCAUUCUGGUGAAGCUCUUGCACGACCCUCGCCUCACUAAGAACAACAUCGACUAUGUCGCUCAAGGUCGUACGCUCCUAGGUCUCACACGAACCUGUAAACAGAUCCGCGAUGAAUUCUUGCCUAUCUUCCUCAGAACCACCACUAUCGCAUUUCCAUAUUACCAGGUCGAUCAGUACAUCUCCACGUUCGUCGAUCCACAACAUGGCACCUACGACGAUGUGGUCGGUAGUAUUAUGUUGCUGAGGCCCAGGGUUUUAGCAACACGUCCUUCCGUCAAUGUACUCCCAUUGGUCAAAAUCAUCGCUCGGGCGCCACGCUUGAUUGCACGCUUUCUUAACGAAGACACCAAUGACUUCCGUCAGAACAGCUUGUUCAACUCGCUCCUCAACACCCAUUACAACCCCCGCUGGAAUGUUUACGCAGCAACCUCGCUUUCUCAGAUCACCAUCAGCAGUUGUACGGAUGAAGGUCUAAAGACCACAAUCGUGGUCAAGAAAGAUUGGGCGGAAAGCUGGAUGGGUCUCAACUUCUACAAGAAGACUGAGCAUCUCAACGCAGCAAUGGAAUGGAGUAAACGUGUUGGUCUCAACAGGAAUAGUGGCAAGUACAGUUCGCUCCUCUAUCACUUUGGCCAUAUAGUUCCGGAAGAUUCUGCGACGUCAGCGGAGCUCGACAGUGAAUGA